UUUUAAACACGCAGGCAUUAUGAUUAUGAGACCCAUUUUUUCCAGCUGCUCUUUCCUGCUCCUUUUAUUUUUUAUGGUGCAGCCAGUCUGCUGUGUCCCUAGUGGCUGGUAAAAAUGAAGCACCUCUGUCAGUCACAAGCACAAUAUGAGCUGUGAUGUUUUUCCCAAGUCUACAGUUAUCAUGAAUCAGCCCCAGUUGGUCAACAAGACCAAUGUCUCAUGAAAAUACUUCCUACUUUUCUUCUUCCUCAUUUUUUAUCUCAAAGCUUGUUUGUGUGUCACUGUCCAAUAAGAGUUAGUGAGUGAGUGUAUGUGUUCGCUCUUUUCCACCAUCCUUGGGACAUAUGCAGGAAUUCACUGGCGUUUGGGUGAGGGAUCCUCGCAUCCAGAAGGAAGAUUUCUGGCAUGCCUACAUGGAUUAUGAAGUUUGUAUACAUACAAACAGCUUGGCUUUCACUAAGAAGAGCUCCUGUGUGCGGCGGAGAUUCAGCGAGUUUGUGUGGUUAAGAAAAAAACUACAGGAAAAUGCCUUGCUCAUAACACAUAUACCUAAACUUCCUCCAAAAAACCCCUUCUUCAGUCUCAACAAUGCAAAAGAAAUUGGAGCCCGCAUGGAGGGGUUAAGGACAUUUCUAGAAGCGGUGGUUCAUAGUGCGGUUCUGCUGUCAGACAGUUGCUUGCACCUCUUCUUACAGUCCGAACUAAGUCUGAAAAAAAUCGAGGCCUGUGCUGAAGGCAGGACUCGCUACACUGUAUCUGAGGCCAUUCACAGUUUCAGUUCUGGACACAAACGCUUUGAUUCACUGUGUGAAGAGAACAUGGAAGAAGAACAAAUUAUGCAAUGUGAAUCAGAGUGAUUGACUAUUUAUUGACAAUAAAAUGGAGCCAACGUACUUUCAGAUAUAAAAAUACAACAUCUGUCACUGUGGCUAUGCCUUUUUAAAAAGUAUAUGAAUAAUGAUGUGUUAAAAUGUAAACUAAAUAUUACUUUAUUAAUGAUGAGUUAAUGCAUGCACUAAUCAUGAACUAACUUGAACUCAUGUGACUCAUGUUGUAGUUGAAGUUGUGUGAAUGAAGACUACCCUAAUUACUUGUUAAUUAUGGAUUGUUUGUUAAUUAAUGUAUUAAUUACCACAUUAGUUUAUGCUUAAUUUAACCAUCAUGAACUCAUGAUAUGUUAAUGUAUAUUUAUAUCAUGACUUUACUUGGAGGGGCACAUCAUCAUUAACCCAUCCUUAACUACUCAUGAACUCCUUAUGCACAUCUGUCUAGUGCAUUUAUGCUGAAUAUCAACAGAAAAGUGUUGUCAGCAUCAACAUGAACAGUUUAAACACAAAGGUUCAUGAGUUGUUAAGGAUGAGUUAAUGGUGAUGUGCCCCUCCAAGUAAAGUCCUGACAUAAGUAUACAUUAACAGAUCAUGAUUUCAUGUUGGUUAUAUUUAGCUUAAACUUAAAUGUUAAUUAAUACUUUAAUUAACAACAUGUACAAGUAAUUAAGAUAGCUGUUAUUCACAUAUGAACUCAUGUUGUCGUUAAAGUUAGUUCAGGAUAAGUGCACGCCUUAACUCAUCAUUGAUUUAUAAUAAAGUAAUUUAGUUUACAUAUUAAUAUUUCAUUAUUAAUGUACUGUUAUUGUAAAGUGUUACCAAAGAUUUUUUGUACUAUUAAAAGUAGGACUGCCAAUAUGUACUUUUUAUUUAAUAUAUGUACCUUUAAAGUACCAGUAUAGACUCUUAAAGAACAAACAAUAGGCUAGGCUAAUUUUUGAAAAAGGUAGACCUACUGUGACAUCUUUUGUACCUUUCUGAGAGUGCUAUUUCACAAAGACAUAUUUCAAAGAAGACAAUAUUGACCACUGAAGAUUACAGACCAUGUUUGAAGAGGAACACUUAAACAUUUAAAAAAAAUUCUGUCAUUUUCUCGCACUAACAGUUUCUGUACCGACGAAUGAAGACUAAUAAAUUGAAUUAUUUAACGCAUUUGUGCACAUUAAUGUCCUGCCUGGCAUUCAAAGGAAAGUAUAAAAGCAUAAUGUGGCCUGUGAGGAAGAUAGUUUGUUGUUAAAACUACAGAUGAGCGUUGAGAGGUUUACGAGAGGGAAUUUAUGUUUGUGUACGAAGUCCCUUAAACGCAAUAACCCCAUCCUAAUAAGCAAAUACAGAGCAUUAGGACAUUAGCGCAAACGUGAUUUAAACCCGACUUCACCGAGCUAAAUCCUAAUAAUAAUCUCUACUCAAACAAUUUUAUUGCCGUACUUAGCCAUAAAAGAUCAUUGUCAGGAUGCCAUACAACUCGUUCCUUCUCAUAAAUAUUUAACAAGCUUGUGUGAGGCCCAAAUUGACCAACAGAUGGCGCCGCUGCUCUUCUGUCUUUCCAUGACUGACCGUCUAAUCCCUGCAAAACCAUAAACAUUUCAUCACAGACAAAAUGCCCUCAAGCCAAGCAGUGAUUUUACUUUUUCAAAUGAAUGUGACAUUAAAUCAAUACAUUUUAGAUAAGAAGGUAGCUUACUGGUCUCUAAAAGCAAGCGUUUUUAAAUAAGACCAUCAAAGUCAAGGCUGCAAGCAAUCAGAAAACAAAAUUACACCAGAAAUCAUAGGCACGCAUAAUACAUGUUUUAAGGAGUCAGAUUAGACUGGUUAAUAUGUUUAGUCAAAGACAGGUAGGUUACAAUAUGUAAAAAGGAUAAUUAG